AUGUGCUUAAGUUGGAACUGCCGAGGGCUUGGGAACCCUCGGACAGUUCGAGAGCUUCAUAGGAUUGUGAAGUGUAAGAACCCAUCUCUCAUAUUCUUGAUAGAAACCAAGUGUGGGAGAGAAACAGUGGAGAAAGCAAGGAACAGAUUGGGGUUUGAUAGUAGCUUCGUGGUAGACAACAGAGGACUUAGUGGAGGAGUGGCUUUUAUAUGGAAAGAUGAUCUUGAUGUCACACUGGAUACUUAUUCUCAGAACCAUAUUUCCUUAUUAAUUAAAGAUGGUAUAGCGAAAAUGAAAUGGUUACUAACGGGUUUCUAUGGCUCCCUGUGUACAAGUGGUAGAAAGCAUAGUUGGAGGCUUCUGAGAGCCUUAAAGCCAGUGUCCCCAAUAGCUUGGUUGUGCAUCGGGGACUUCAAUGAAAUCAUGCUAGCCAAUGAAAAAUGGGGAGCUGCUGACAGACCUUAUGGUCAGAUGGAGGAUUUCUGUGAAGCUCUUAAUGACUGUGGUCUGAGUGACUUAGGGUAUAAGGGGGACAAGUUUACCUGGAGCAACAGGAGGGAAGGUGUCCAAUUUACUAAAGAAAGACUGGAUAGAGCUCUUGGAAAUGCACACUGGUUUGAAGUCUGGAAAGCAUACUCAGUGGGGGUGGAACCUGUUCAUUCCUCAGACCAUAGACCAAUUCUGGUCUCGUGGAACACUAAGGACACUAUGCUUUUCAAAAGGGAUAGACCAUUCAGGUAUGAGGCAAAAUGGGCAGUUAGGGAGGGCUGUGAUGAGAGGAGGUUAAACAGCAAACUUAAGCAGCUAGAUACUUUGCAGAGCGCCAAUACUGGGAACCUUGGGGAGGAAUUGCGUAGAAUCCAAGGGGAUAUCGAUCAAUUAUUGAAAGAAGAAGAUACCUCUUGGAAGCAGAGAGCAAAACCGAAGUGGCUAAAGGAUGGUGACAGAAACUCCAAGUUUUUCCAUCAGUGUGCUAACCAAAGGAGGAAGACUAAUACAAUUACAUGCUUGAAGGAUAAUAAGGGAAAGGAAGCUAGCUCUCAAGAAGAAAUAGCUGCCCAAUUCCAGGUUUUCUUCAAAAGCUUAUUUUCUACUUCCUGUCCAGUAGGUAUUGAGGAGUGCAUUGGAGGUGUUGAGGCCAGGAUCAACAGUGAUAUGGUCUCCCAUUUGUCAAAAAGGUUCACUGAAAAGGAAGUUGAAGAGGCCAUAUUCCAAAUGUCCCCAAUUAGCUCCCCGGGACCCGAUGGAUUCCCACCAAUCUUUUACAAGCAACAUUGGAUAUCAGUAGGAAAGGAGGUAUGCGAGGCUGCACUGUUUGUUCUCAACUCAGGAGGUAGUCUUCAGAAUCUGAAUGAUACUUAUAUUGUGUUGAUACCAAAAGUAAAAGAGCCUAAACUGGUUACUGAUUUUAGACCCAUAAGCUUGUGCAAUGUCAUGUACAAAAUCAUAUCCAAAACAAUGGCAAACAGACUCAAAUUAAUACUGCCUGAGAUAAUUUCCCCUACUCAAUCAGCUUUUAUUCCAGGUAGAUUAAUUUCUGAUAAUGUUAUUGUGGCUUUUGAGGCCCUUCACACCAUGAAUAAUAGGCUACAAGGGAAGAUAGGACACAUGGCUCUAAAACUCGAUAUGAGCAAAGCUUACGAUCGAAUUGAAUGGCCCUUCAUCCAAGCAGUGCUGUCCAAGAUGGGUUUUCCAGAAAAGUGGAUCAAAAUGAUCAUGAACUGUGUUGAAACUGUUUCUUAUUCUUUAUUGGUGAAUGGUUCUCCACAACAGUCUUUCUCCCCAUCGAGAGGGAUUAGACAGGGAGAUCCUUUGUCCCCAUACCUUUUCAUUCUUUGUGCAGAGGUGCUAAGCAACUUGUUAAAUCUAGCAGAAGCUCGAGGUGUUAUUUCUGGCAUACCAAUUGCCAAGGGUCAGCUGCACAUUAAUCACUUGUUUUUUGCUGAUGACAGUUUACUUUUUUGCAAGUCAAACGCCAUUGAGAUGUGCAGGUUGCUAGACAUCCUAUCCAUAUAUGAGAAGGCCUCAGGUCAGAGGUUAAAUAAAGAAAAGACCUCCAUUCAUUUCAGCAGAAACACACCUCAACUGGCUCAAUCCUUAAUCCUUCAGAUUGCUGGAGUGAGGUCUAGCACCUCCUAUGAGCAAUACCUCGGUCUACCAGCUUUAAUGGGCAGAUCAAGAGUAGGAUCAUUUAAUAGCAUACUUGACAGGAUGAAGAGAAGAAUUGGCAACUUUAAAGUUAAAACAUUGUCUCAAGCAGGCAAAGAAAUCUUGUUGAAGGCAGUAGUGCAAGCUCUCCCUACCUACUGCAUGGGAGUUUUCAAGCUUCCUGGAGCACUCAUCAAAAAAAUGAAUUCCAUUAUGCACAAUUUCUGGUGGGGGCAACAAGACAAGGAGAGGAAGGUGCAUUGGGUUUCAUGGAAUAUAAUGGGAAGGACUAAAUCUGAGGGGGGCUUGGGUUUCAGAGACAUUGAAAGUGUCAACCUUGCCAUGCUUGCUAAACAAGCCUGGCGGAUCAUUCAACACCCACUAUCCCUAGUUUCUAGGGUAUUAAAACUGAAAUACUUCCCUCACUCUACCUUCGGGGAAGCAAAAGUUGGACACAGACCCUCAUACAUCUGGAGGAGUGUUCUAGCUACUAAGUCUCUGAUUGAAAAGGGCUCAAUUUGGAGGGUGGGAAAUGGUUGCAACAUUAAAAUAUGGGUGGAUAAGUGGCUUCCUCAGACUGCCUCAGGUAAAGUGGAAAGUGCAAGACAGGAUAGUGAUAUCCAAGCUCGGGUCAGCAGCUUGAUUGAUCCAGAUACUAAAACCUGGAACCUGCCUCAGAUUGAAGAGGUGUUAGGAGAAGAGGAAGCUAAGCUCAUUAUUCAGAUCCCUCUGAAUGCUUCACACAUCCUUGAUAAACUUAUAUGGAGGAGUGCUACAGAUGGUCUAUUCACAGUUCGAAGGGCAUACCAUCUCCACAAGGAACUUCGGGCUCAAGCUCAGGGUCAAUCUUCUAAUAGAGAGCAGCUCUCAGAGGAAUGGAAGGUCUUAUGGAAGCUUAAUGUGCUACCAGCUACCAAGAACUUUCUCUGGAAAGCAUGCAGGAAUGGCCUCCCCACUUUAAGCAACUUGUACAAAAAGAGAAUUACUGAGAAGCCUUGGUGCCCAAUAUGUCUCAAUGAGGAGGAAACUGUUUUUCAUAUGGCUUGGAACUGCCCAGCAACUCAGGACGUAUGGGGCCAGUGCUCAAGGAUCCUUCAAAAGAGAUUCUUCCCCCUCAUGUCAUUUAGAGAGUUAUGGAACCUUAUAUGUCAAGUUGCUGAUAUGAAGGUACUAGAAGAAUUUGCUACUGUGUCGAGGCUUAUAUGGAAUAGAAGGAACAAGUUCAUUUUCCAACAAGUUUUCUUACAUCCUAAUGAAGUGAUUAGACAAGCCUCAGAAGCCUUGAUCGAGAUGGAAACCUGCAGGAUCACAAGAAGCAUUCAACCAAAAGAAGACCAAAAGGAAAGGUGGACUCCCCCCCCUGAAUUUUUGUUCAAAAUGAACUGGGAUGCUUCGGUAGACAAAUUUAGAGGCAGAAUUGGAAUAGGGGUUAUCAUUAGAGACCACAAAGGGCUUAUGAUUGCUGCAUUGAGAAUGAGCAGACCCCUGUAUCCAGAUCCUACACUAGCCGAAGCUUGUGGGGCGUAUGAGGCAACAAAGUUUGGUCUACAGCUUAGGCUCUCCAAGGUCGUUUUAGAGGGUGAUUCCCAACAGAUUGUGUCGGCUCUUUUGACAAAGGACAAGAAUGAUUCUCAUAGGGAUAUGGUUACACUAGAAACACAAAAACUUCUCUCUCUAUAUGAGGUCUGGUCUGUUAAGCAUGUGGUUAGAAAAGCCAAUAGAGUGGCUCAUGUGUUAGCUAGAAAGGCUCUAUUUUCUUCUGAAGCUAUUGUAGACAUUGAAGAUCCUCCCUUAUGUAUUUCGGAUCUCUUGCUUAAUGAAUGA